GAUCGUGAAGACAAAGUGUCAUGUCUGUAUAGCAUGUCAAGCCCGUACAUUGUCGCAUCCAUUGGUGCGAGUUGGCGCGUUCCGUCGGAGCUGCAAAUGGUGCUCGAGUGGAUGGACCGAGGCGACCUUCGGGGGGUCCUUCAAGCCACGGCGCCUCCGACGCCCGACGGUGACGCUCGCGGCUUUUCGUGGGACGAGAAGAUUGCGUGCAUGCUGAGCAUGGCAGAGGGCCUCGCGUACUUGCACUCGCUCGAUAUUAUCCAUCGCGACUUCAAGUCCCGAAAUGUGCUCUUGGACUCGAAGAAGGGCACUAAAGUCACGGAUUUUGGCACGUCGCGUGAAACCACGACCGACACGAUGACGUUUGGUGUCGGCACGUACCGCUGGAUGGCGCCCGAGAUUCUUCUCGACAUUCAGUACUCGACGGCUGCCGAUAUCUACUCGUUCGGCGUCGUGCUCUCGGAGCUAAGCACGCACGAGAUUCCGUACUCGGACCUU